UUGAGCGUAAAAAAUAGAAAAUAAAUAAAUUUACAACGACCAGACAAAAUGAAUUUCCGUCGAUCUUCUACUCCAUUGUGGAUUGACCCGAAGCCCACGUUACCAUAAAACCCGCGAAAUUCAGACUUUGACGUGUUUCGUGUUGCUUGCAGUUCAUAGGCAGGAAAAGGAGAAGGAAAAAGCCUUCAACAAGAAGACGAUUCGCGAUUUCCCGUUUCUCGAAUUUUCUGUGGAUUAACAAUCUUCAAUUGUGGCCGAAUUCGAUCAAACGAGGCUGCUGUGGCGUUGGACGGAUUAGGAAUGGGAUCGGAGCAGUUGAUGGCCGGAGGUGGGCCUCGAUAUGUUCAAAUGCAAUCGGAGCAGCCUACAGCUUCGAUGUCGUCGUUUUUCUCGUUUCAUCAUGACGCUCCUGAGCCAACGAGGAUUUUCGAUGAAUUGCCGAAGGCCUCAAUUAUUUCCGUUUCUCGCCCGGAUGCCGGCGAUAUCAGUCCGAUGCUUCUUUCUUACACAAUCGAAUGCCAGUACAAGCAGUUUAAAUGGCGCAUGUUGAAGAAAGCUUCCCAUGUAUUCUAUUUACAUUUUGCACUAAAGAAACGGGCAUUCAUUGAGGAAAUUCACGAGAAGCAAGAACAGGUUAAAGAAUGGCUUCAAAAUCUAGGAAUAGGAGAACACACGACAGUGAUCCAAGAUGAGGAUGGACCAGAUGAUGAAGCCAAUCCUCUGCAUCAUGAUGAAAGUUCUAAAAAUAGGGAUGUUCCGUCCAGUGCUGCCCUGCCUAUCAUUCGGCCUGCCUUAGGAAGGCAGCAUUCUAUGUCUGAUAGAGCUAAGACUGCAAUGCAAGGGUACCUGAAUCACUUCUUGAGUAACAUGGAUAUUGUCAACUCUCGAGAGGUUUGCAGGUUUUUGGAGGUCUCUAAGUUAUCAUUUUCACCAGAAUACGGCCCAAAGUUGAAAGAGGAUUAUGUUAUGGUGAAGCAUCUACCUAAAAUUGCACGGGAAGAUGACGCUAGGAAAUGCUGCCUAUGCCGGUGUUUUGGUUGUUGUAAUGACAAUUGGCAAAAGGUGUGGGCUGUAUUAAAGCCUGGUUUUUUGGCCUUAUUGGGAGAUCCUUUUGACACUCAACCAAUGGAUAUAAUAGUUUUUGAUGUGCUACCUACUUCUGAUGCCAAUGGAGAUGGACGAGUAUCUUUGGCAAAGGAAAUUAAGGAGCGAAAUCCAUUACGACAUUCAUUUAAGGUGACAUGUGGAAAUAGGAGUAUUAGGAUAAGAGCAAAGAACGGAUCCAAGGUUAAAGACUGGGUUGCUGCAAUUAAUGAUGCGGGACUGAGGCCUCCUGAGGGAUGGUGUCAUCCUCACCGUUUUGGUUCUUUUGCUCCUCCAAGGGGUUUGACAGACGAUGGUAGUAAGGCUCAGUGGUUCAUCGAUGGUCAAGCAGCUUUUGAAGCUAUUGCCUUUUCCAUUGAACGUGCAAAAUCAGAGAUUUUCAUUUGCGGCUGGUGGCUUUGUCCAGAAUUGUAUCUGCGGCGUCCUUUUAUUUCAAAUGCUUCAUCUAGGCUCGAUGCUUUGCUUGAAGCAAAAGCUAAGGAAGGGGUUCAGAUAUACAUUCUUCUCUACAAAGAGGUUGCCCUUGCCUUAAAGAUUAACAGUGUUUAUAGCAAGAAAAAACUUCUAGGCAUCCAUGAGAAUGUGAGAGUAUUACGCUAUCCUGACCACUUCUCCAGUGGUGUGUAUUUAUGGUCCCACCAUGAAAAACUUGUCAUUGUCGAUUAUCAUAUUUGCUUUAUUGGAGGACUGGAUUUAUGCUUUGGUCGUUAUGAUACACCAGAACAUAAAGUUGGUGAUCGUCCUCCUUCAGUAUGGCCCGGGAAGGACUACUAUAAUCCAAGGGAAUCUGAGCCAAAUUCAUGGGAAGAUACCAUGAAAGAUGAGUUGGAUCGUGGUAAAUAUCCUCGCAUGCCUUGGCAUGAUGUCCACUGUGCACUUUGGGGACCACCUUGUCGAGACUUAGCUAGACAUUUUGUCCAACGCUGGAAUUAUGCUAAGAGAAACAAAGCCCCAAAUGAGCAGGCAAUUCCAUUACUUAUGCCUCAGCAUCAUAUGGUCAUUCCUCAUUACUUGUGGAAUACCCGAGAAUUGGAGGUUGAAAGGAAGAGUUUUGACAAUUCUCAAGAAUCAACAGUACAGGAUUCAUUUUCUCGAGGAUCAUCUUCUCACGAUAUUCCUUUGCUUUUACCUCAAGAGGCUGAUGGACAGGAUUCUCAAAAUGAAGGUCCAAAAUCAAAUGGACUGGAGCCCAUUGCUAAUCCCCUCGAUCAGCCUAGUAAGAUCAGCAGCAGUCUCUCGUUCUCUUUUAGGAAGAUCAAAGUUGAACCCUUAGGACCAGAUAUGCCUCUGAAAGGCUUUGUUGAUGAUCUCGACCAUUUGGAUUCCCAUGGAAAGUUGUCUGGAGAUGGGAAAACACAUCAUCGUGUCAAAAGCUCAGAGUUGGAGUGGUGGGAAACACAAGACAGGGGACAUGGUGGCUUUGCAGAUGAAUCCGGACAAGUUGGUCCGUGUGCUUCAUGUCGUUGCCAGGUCAUCAGAAGUGUCAGUCAAUGGUCUGCUGGGACGAGUCAAACUGAAGAGAGCAUUCACAUUGCGUACUGCUCUCUUAUAGAGAAAGCAGAACAUUUUGUCUAUAUUGAGAAUCAAUUUUUUAUAUCAGGCCUCUCAGGAGAUGAUUCAAUACGGAAUCGUGUUUUAGAAGCAUUAUACCGUCGCAUAAUGAGAGCUUACCGUGAAAAGAAAAUUUUUAGGGUCAUUAUUGUAAUUCCACUAUUGCCUGGAUUUCAGGGAGGACUGGAUGACAGUGGUGCAGCAUCGGUUAGAGCAAUAAUGCAUUGGCAGUAUCGAACUAUAUGUCGAGGACAAAAUUCAAUAUUCCAUAAUCUUUAUGAUCUUCUUGGUUCAAAAGUUCAUGAUUAUAUAUCAUUUUAUGGCCUCAGAUCUUAUGGUAAACUGUUUGAUGGUGGUCCUGUGGCUACAAGCCAGGUGUACGUGCAUAGUAAAAUUAUGAUCGUAGAUGAUUGUAUUGCUUUGAUUGGAUCGGCUAACAUCAAUGACAGGAGUUUACUCGGUUCUAGAGAUUCUGAGAUUGCUAUUGUGAUUGAAGAUAAGGAACUUAUCAAUUCAUAUAUGGGAGGACAACCAUGGAAAGCGGGAAAGUUUUGUUGGAGUCUCCGCCUCUCUCUUUGGUCUGAACAUCUUGGUCUUCGUCCUGGACAGAUCAAUCAAAUAGUUGACCCAGUUUCUGACUCAACCUACAAGGAUACAUGGAUGGGAACUGCUAAGACGAACACGACAAUAUACCAAGAUGUAUUUUCUUGUCUACCCAACGACCUCAUAAAUUCCAGAGCUGGACUGAGGCAAAGUGUGGCUUUCUGGAAAGAGAGGUUGGGGCACACCACAAUAGAUUUAGGAAUUGCACCGGAGAGGCUUGAGUUUUACAAGAAUGGAGAAAUUGAAAGGAUUGAUCCAAUGGAGAGAUUAAGUUCAGUGAAGGGACAUCUUGUCUCCUUCCCAUUGGAAUUCCUGAGCAAAGAAGAUUUAAGACCUGUGUUCAAUGAGAGUGAGUACUAUGCAUCUCAAGUUUUUCAUUAACAACUUUAUAAUAAUAGCCCUCUUUUUGUUAGGCCAACUUAAUUAGUUUAUGGUUAAAUCAAAUGAUGCAUUAUAAUUUAUUUCCCAUUUCUUAAAAGAAAAAAAUAAGAGAGAGAGAGAGAGAGAGAGAGACAGAAAGGCACAUUUACAACAGAAAUUAGGACUCUUUUGUAAUACUCAUUCAAUUAAUUGAAGACUGCUGUCCUAAUUUGGGCAUUUAGUGU